GCUUGGAAGUUUGGACACGAGGGUUGGUACGUGUCCUGGCACGAGCACGCGGCUCCGACACGCCGCAUUUAUAUUUGCAGGGCUUCGCUCCCCUGGUCUUUGAUUUGGUCUGGACUUCUCAGUGGCAUUUACGCUCCUGCAGUCGACCCCAGCUAAGGAAGAUGCAGCUGAUGGGAGUAAAGUUCGCUCCGCUCAACGUUUCACUGGAGCGCAGACUCCAGACUCUCGCGGCGGGGUCAUGGUUUGUAGCACUGGCGUUCGGCCCGUUCAUCUGCUUCUUUGUCACAGUAUAUUUCAUACUGUUUACUAGAUACUGGUACCUGACGAUGCUGUACGUGGCGUGGCUCGUGUACGACAGGAACAUAGCUCACAAAGGUGGUCGAAGACUGGAAUUCAUGCGGGACUGUACAUGGUGGUAUUACUUCCAAGCCUACUUCCCUCUGAGUCUACAUAAAACGGCAGAACUCCCUCCGAAGAGCAACUAUCUAUUCUGUGUCUAUCCUCAUGGCAUGCUCUGCUCUGGAGCAUUUGGGAACUUUGCUACCAACUAUUCUGAGUUCACCAGUCUUUAUCCUGGACUGACUCCUUAUAUACUAACCAUUAACGCUGCCUUCAACAUGCCUUUCACCAGAGAACUGGUGCUUGCCUUAGGCGCAUGUGCUGCUUCCAAAGAAAGCAUGGUUCAUCUUCUGGAGGAUACAUCUCAACCAAAGGCUGUAGUGUUGAUGGUUGGAGGAGCAUCAGAGGCAUUCAAAUGCCGGCCAGGAACUUACAGAAUUAUUUUGAAGAAAAGGAAAGGUUUCAUUAAGGUGGCGUUGGAAACCGGAACACCCCUAGUACCCGUAUUUUCUUUUGGUGAAACCAACUUAUACGACCAAGUGUCGAACCCUCCUGGUUCAUGGUUGCACUCUGUACAAGACAAAUGCCGUAAAGUGCUGGGCAUUGCUCCUUGCAUUCCCAUCGGAAGGGGUAUAUUUCAGUAUAACUUCGGAGUCAUACCACGUCGCCAUCCAGUCUCCACUGUUGUUGGAAAACCUAUUGAAGUUCCAAAGGUAUAUAGCCCUUCGGAUGAUGUGAUUGAUGCAUUCCAUGAAAAAUUCACAAAUGCUCUUAUGGAUUUAUUUGAAGAACAUAAGUACAGAUUUGAAGUGGAUCCUGAAAAUUCCAGACUUAUCAUAGAGUAAGGUUUUUAUGUUCAAUCAUAAGAUCCUAACCCAGCUCUUAGCACACUAAAUAUAUGGAAAUGUUUUGUCAUAAUUAAAUCUUUAAAAUGUGCUUAUUUAUUUAAAAAUGUGUGCACUUUUUUGUAUAACAAAGCAUUUGUGACUGAACAUUCCAAAACAAUAGUUUUCUAAUGAAGUUUUUUUAAUGUAGUUAUUUAAAAAAAAAAAAAAAACCUCUAAAUUUACAGUGAGGUUAAUCAUAAUAAUAAGUCUUUUGUUGAGUGGUUUUAAUAUUUUAAUAAAAUAGUCAUAAUAUUAAAAGCACAUAAAAUUAUGUUAUCUGUUAUAUUUAUGUUUGUUGAACUAAUUUAUAAAAUAGUAUUGUAUAUGAAUAAGAGUAUUUACACAAGUAUGUUUACACAAAUUAUACUGUUUUGUACGAUUUUAUAAUACAUAUUGUUGUUAAUAGUUACCAA